UGUCCAACACGGUCCUCGUUCAUUCAAUCCAGUGGGGCAGCACUGUCAGAAUAGCAUUUCUGUUACUGAUUUGCAACCAACAUAAUGCUGAAGCUCCAAACUUGGAACAAGUAUUUCACAGAAUGGCACAAACAGAACCUAAUCUGGACCAUGACGUAUCAUGGUUCCUCCUUCCGUCAUACUGGGCUAAAAUGGUCGUGGCAUUAAUUUCCUUCCUCUGUUUUGCUAAUAGCUAUGAUGGAGAUUUUGUCUUCGAUGAUUCUGAAGCCAUCAUCAAUAAUAAGGACCUCAGGGCAGAAACCCCACUUGGUGACCUGUGGCAUCAUGACUUUUGGGGUAGCAAACUCAGCAGCAAUACCAGUCAUAAGUCGUAUCGACCACUAACUGUCCUAACUUUCAGAAUUAAUUACCUUUUUGCUGGAGGCUUCUACCCAGUUGGUUUCCAUGUCAUCAAUAUAAUACUGCAUUGUACUAUCUCAGUGUUGAUGGUUGAUGUGUUCUCGAUUCUAUUGGGUGGACUGCAAUUCAGUAAUAAAGGAAGAAGGCUAAACCUGGCUCCAAAGACAUCUCUUCUAGCAGCUUUGCUGUUUGCUGUACAUCCAGUGCACACGGAAUGUGUUGCCGGGAUUGUUGGCAGAGCUGAUCUACUGUGUGCCCUGUUCUUUUUGUUGUCGUUCCUUGGCUACUGUAAAGCAUUUAGAGAAAAUAAGGAAGGACAUCAUUUUUCUAUAUUCUGGGUGCUGGUGAGUGUUAUACUAGGUGCGGUAGCCAUGCUGUGCAAAGAACAAGGAAUUACAAUACUGGGUUUGAAUGCAGUGUUUGAUGCACUGGUGAUUAACAAGCUAAAUGUUUUGGAACUUAUUCAAAAGUUACUGCAUAAGGACAAGUCAUUGGAGAACAUUGGGCUGUUAAGAAAGGGGCUGCUUUUCAGAAUAACUCUUCUGAUGUCUGGAGGGGCCAGUAUACUUUAUAUACGCUGGAGAAUUAUGGGCACAGGGCCACCGGCUUUCACUGAAGUAGACAACCCAGCUUCAUUUGCAGACAGUCUGUUUGUGAGAGCUAUAAACUAUAAUUACUACUAUUCCUUGAAUGCAUGGUUGCUGUUGUGUCCCUGGUGGCUGUGUUUUGAUUGGUCAAUGGGCUGCAUACCCCUCAUUAAAUCCGUCAGCGACUGGAGGAUAAUUGCACUAGCAGCACUUUGGUUCUGCCUAAUUGGUCUGAUAUGCCAAGCUCUGUGCUCAAAAGACAGCCAUAAGAGAAGAAUUCUUACACUGGGACUCGGAUUUCUUAUUAUCCCUUUUCUUCCUGCAAGUAACCUGUUCUUCCGAGUAGGAUUUGUUAUUGCAGAGAGAGUCAUCUACCUCCCCAGUAUUGGAUAUUGUAUUCUAUUUACAUAUGGAUUUAGUCUCUUGAGUAAGCAAGCCAAGAAAAAGAAAAUUCUUGCUGUGGCAGUAGUUGGAAUCUUGGUGAUAAAUGUUAUGCGCUGUGCACUCCGCAGCAGUCAGUGGAGGUCAGAGGAGCAGCUUUUUAGGAGUGCACUGUCUGUGUGCCCUCUGAAUGCAAAAGUGCACUACAAUGUUGGGAAAAACCUGGCUGACAAAGGAAAUCAAAGUGCUGCAAUCAAAUACUACAGAGAAGCUGUAAGGUUGAAUCCUAAAUAUGUACAUGCCAUGAACAACCUUGGAAAUAUUCUGAAAGAAAGAAAUGAGCUCCAAGAAGCAGAGGAGUUGCUGUCCUUAGCUGUACAAAUACAACCUGAUUUUGCUGCUGCGUGGAUGAAUCUAGGAAUAGUACAGAACAGUUUAAGAAGAUUUGAAGAGGCAGAGCAAAGCUACUGGACAGCAAUUAAACACAGGAAAAAGUAUCCAGAUUGUUACUACAAUUUAGGGCGAUUGUAUGCAGAUUUGAAUCGCCAUAUAGAUGCAUUGAAUGCGUGGAGGAAUGCUACGGUUCUGAAACCAGAGCAUAGUUUGGCUUGGAACAAUAUGAUUAUAUUGCUUGAUAACACAGGCAAUCUAGCUCAAGCAGAAGCAGUUGGAAGAGAGGCCCUGGGAUUAAUACCUAAUGAUCAUUCCCUUAUGUUUUCGUUGGCAAAUGUACUGGGGAAAUCCCAAAAAUAUAAGGAAUCUGAAGCUUUGUUCCUCAAGGCAAUUAAAGCCAAUCCGAACGCUGCCAGUUAUCACGGUAAUUUGGCUGUGCUUUAUCAUCGCUGGGGAAAUCUCGACUUGGCAAAGAAGCACUAUGAAGUCUCUCUGAAGCUCGAUCCUAUGGCACCCGGGACCAAGGAAAACUACAACCUCUUAAGAAGAAAACUGGAGCAGUUGCAAAAGAAAGGCGGUGCCUGAUAUUUCUUUUCAGGUUGUCCGUGCAUGCUGUUUACGAUUAAUGAUACAUGGAUACUUUUGACCAUGUAAAGGAUUCGGUCAUUAUUUCUCAAAAACAGUAACGCCACCAGCACCGCACACUUGAAUGUCCAAUUAUGCCCUCCUACAGAUCCUAACAUUUUCAGCUCGAGGGAUCAUUUUAUUUUUACUAUUGAACUGCUUUUAAAGUCCCUUAGAACAUUUUUAUAGGUAUAUGAAAGCAGUGCAGAUGGAAUUUCAUGGCUUUCUCUUGUAAUCUGAUAUCUUCAUCUGACUUUUUAGUAGCAGGAUGAAUAUCAGAAGGCAGUUUUAUUUCUGAAAGUGAUUCUUAAAAAAGUGCAAUUUCCUGUUUAAAUCCUUAUCUUUUCAAGUAUGAAGAAUAUCUGUCCACUUCGGUUCUAUUACUGCCUUCUAUUGCCAGUCCUGCAGAGCCAGUGGAAGAAUGGAUUCUCUCCAACACGUCAGUCUACUCAUGUAAUUUGGGUUAUGCCCUUGUUCUUGUUUCAGGUUCCACCCUGUGAAGUGUUGUACAGGAGUAAGUGAGGACAAGGAUUUGACCAUAAAUGUUUGUCAGCCAGUGUACUGCUGAGGUAUGCUUGAGUGAAGAAAAUACUCUUCGAUAAAGAAGGAGAUUUUAGCUAGCUGCAAAGGGAAAAGACGUGUGAGGUGUCAGAGGAGUCAGCUGGAGUUUCUGAUCUUGCAGGCAGCCUCAUCUAGCACAGACAACUUGGGCAACAAGUCGGAAUUGCUUUAGCUCCUGCAGCAGGUCAGUGGUCUAAAUACGGUAUAGCAUCUACAGGAGCCAAUUCCUGUGUUCUCGGGCAUUUCAGUCCUUUCUGGUUAAGGACAUUACACCUUUCAGCUCCUAUAUUGUUAGUGAAUAAGGAGAGAAUUUCUGUGAAAAAGUAACUGGGCAGAGGACCUGACCUUGACUGUUGACGUAUUAACUGGCAAGAAGUCAGCUUCACCUUUGUCUCCCGUGGCUCGCGUGUUUGCUGAAGUGGCAGUUGAACAAGCAUAGCUGUUAAUGCAUAAACUGAUCACAUUGAUGUGGGAUGAUCCAGAGAUGGUAUACAUUGAUACCAUGUCACUUUUCAAAAUGUGCUAUGCUUUAAUACAUGGCUAAACUCUGGCUGUCCAGGGUUGUUUGUCUUGUGGUAAUAUUUACCUUCCUGCUUCAGGAAGUAGUCACGUCUAUUUAUUUGUUGGGGUUUUUGUGAUUUGUGGAUGUUGUGGUUUUUUUUAAGAUUGGAGGAUUGCUAUUGGAUGUGGAAGCUGAGGAACUUUACCUCUCUUUUCAUAUUCCUUUAUUCUUUCUGACCAUCUUGCCCAGGAAGAAAUCGAUCAUUGCAGUAUUUGCAGCUUUCCUAAUUUGCCUGAUGAUUAUUGUCUAGGAGACUGUGUAAUGCUCUCCAUACACAACUCAUCUACGUGUGGAACCAUUUAAAGUGUCAGGGGAAUGCCUGCCAUAGGACAGGAUGUCACCUGACUUUGCCAUCUGACCACCAUGUAACCAAUCUACAUCUAUACCAUGUUUUGAACCUACAAAAGGCUACUUUUACAUUAUAAAUUUGCUCGGAAAUGCCAGUUGUUUCAAGAUCCAAAUGUGUCUACAGAGUGCAUUGCAAUACUGCAGAGCUACCAAAGCAUCCUCUGAAAAAGCUAGUUUGGGUACUACCAGUAGUGCAGCUGCUUUCAUGUUAUAUUCUUGCCAGACUAACUGUAAACUUGACCAGCAAGGCUGUGGCAGUGUGCUGCGGUACACAAAUUUGGCUUUGAAUGAAUUACUAUGCCUACAAUAUAUAGUAUGUUGCCAUACUGGGUUUAGUUGAGGUACCAGAGGCAUGCAUUUGUGCUAGUGCAGUGCUUCUCUCCUGCAAAUAUAAUUAGUUUAUAUAGGGUAUUAAAUUGAUGCAGUUCCCAUGUCUUCUGGUUUCUGGACAAAAUUUUCAGAAACUAGUUUUUAAAUAUAUUUGCAGGAUAUAGACAUGCUCUUUGAUAAGUAUCUGUACUGAUCCAGCAGAACGCUGCACCAGUAUGGCUAGUCAUCUUCUGGUAACCAGCAUGGUUUAGUCAGUACCAACUUUUGUAUCUAAAACGUGCUGAAAUAGAUACAGCCUUCAGUACAAAGAGCAGACUUUUAAGGCUUUCCAGACAUAGCCUAUUAUUCAUCAGAUAUAGAGAACACUUAGCUACUUCAGUCAUGAGGUGUUAGAGAGUUGGGAUCUGGCUGGAUGAGCUACUUUCUAGCAGAAGAUAAAUGUGUUUAAUAUAAUCAGGUCUUUUUUGUAUAUUUGGAAUAUGACAUACUGAGUUUAAAUUAUUAUUCUCAUCAUGAAGUUCACAUGUAUAGUUUUCCCUGUUGCCUGGCAUACUAGCUUUACAGAAAUCCACUAGACCAAUAUUUCUUAAGGGGUAUGAAUUCUCUCUAGGUCAUUAUAAACCAAAGUUGUUGUAGGAAUUCCUCUGUGAAAGUUAGUUUGUCCUUCUACUCAAGAGUCUUAGAUGGAAGAGACAUGCCAACAAAUUAGGUGUUUUGUUGGUAUUUCAAAAUGGUGUUUACUCUUCAAUACAGACAACAUAAUUUCUUCUCGAUUAGUUUUCUGGCUACCUGUAUAUAUUUUUGUGAGGGUUUAUUUCAUUUUAUAUUUUAUAUCAUUUUCAGUGCUACGGAAGUUCAUUGUGAUUGCUUGUAUGAUGGUAAUAAGAAGGAUACACUUAUAUCUGAGCAUAAUGUUGAGGCAGAAUUGGGUUCAAAAGAAGCAACAAACAAGACUGCUUUUUUAAUAAAUUCCUUAAGACUUUCAAGAAUGCUAAAUAUUUUUUUACUUCAUUUUCAGAAAUAUUUUGAGAGUGCAAAUAAUACAGUGAGUUUUAUUAAAAUGGUUAUAAUGUUAACCUUUUGCUUGUUUUUUCAUACCUCAUAACUGACUCCUGGAAUAGUACAGAACACACAACCUGGAAGAGAGAAAGGGGAAGAAAAAGUGGUUUUGUACAUAACUGUUGUUAUAAAUAUUGUCAGUUUUUCCAGCGUGCUGGAUCUUUUCCCCAUUGUUACCUUUCUGCUAUUGCUAAUCACAGAAGAUUAAAGUUUCCUGCUUGAUUCUGUAGUGAAAUUAAGAAACGUGGAUACUUUUUUUUUUCUUCAAGGAUUGCGUGUUCAAAUUCUUGUUCUGAGGAGAGAAAUACAGAAUGAUUUAAUGCACAGAAUGGAGUCAGAAAAAUAUUCACAAUGACUGGUAUGAGUGACAGUCUCUUUUCACCAAAAGCUUCCAAGGGAGUUCCCAAAUUGUAUGUUUCUCUCAUGUUUAGACCAAUGCCAUGUACAUGUAUAUCCCUGUUAGGAUUUAAGCUUUAGAGAUGUGAGUUGUGUGUGUGUUUAUGAGCACUCAGAAAUAAAGAUCUUCAAUACUUUUGAA